AUAGUGACUAGGUUGCAGUUUCUGCACUUUUUUUUCUCUUUUUCUUUAGGAAAGCUUUGGUUCCAAUUCAAAUAAUUGGAGCAAUUGCAAUUGGUCUAGGUGCAUUUAAUAUGCAGUACCUAAAUGUAACCACAAGGUGUCACUUGUUAAAAUACAUUGAAAACACAAAGAGCAAAAACAACAGGGAAAAUAACAGUUAAUACAGAAUAUAUACACACAACUAUGUAACAUGGGGGGGGGAUAUUAAUAGACUGAAUUUUGUCCAGUGUGCUGUUUCCUAAAUGCACAUACAACUAGAAAUAAAAAUUUUAGUUUUAGUGUGUCACCUCCUGUACAUAAGUAGUAAACCGUGAACAUAACUAGCAUGAUGUACAAUAAUUUUGCCCCUUUAUAUACGAUUGGAGAGAAGGAUUUUAAUGAUAAAAGUUGUAUAUAUAGCGUGCAUAGCAUGUUCCUGAAACAUAUGUUAAUAGCAAAGAUGCCAUUUCUUAAAAGAGCUUCUGCUUUUUAGUAAAAUAAUUUAAGCUUCUCCUUUUUUUCUGUGACAGCUACUGUAGCAGUGAUAGGCAACCAGCAACAUUUUAUAUUCCUUCCAUGCGGCUUUUGACUUCGCAGAAGAAGCACACAUCAGAGUGCAGGAAAAAGAAAACAUCAAGAAGGAGCUUGAUCCUGGAGCGAGGGCUUUCACACGGGGAUGCUGUGAGGAAAGGACUCGCAACUAUCUGGAUAUGGUGGAACUGCUUCAGAACAACUUCUGGUCAGUUUCAUUAACCCCCCAGUCUGCGGUAAUGCUACCAUUCUGACACUGGGUUAGUAUAACUGUCUGCAAUGGGGGUGCCAGGGGGGAGACACAGACUUCAGGUCAUUAUUUGCUUUUGGAGUUGGCUUCAAGCAAUGUGCUCUAUGCAGGAUCUGGAUCCCAAGGGGGCCAAUGUUUGUAAAUCAGAAAGUGUCACCAUGGGGCUUGUGUGCUGCCCGGGGUGGAGACAGGAAGGACGAGCGUGCACAGCUGCAAUCUGUGAAGGAGACGACACCUGUGAGACAGAUGAAGUUUGUAUUAGGCCUGGAGUCUGUCGCUGCAAACCUGGGUACUUUGGAGCCAGCUGUAACUCACGUUGCCCUGACAAGUAUUGGGGAUCAGACUGCAAGCAAAGCUGCUCUUGUUUUCCUAAUGGGAAGUGUGACCCUGUGAAUGGGCAAUGCACCUGCAAUCCAGAUCACUGGGGACCUAACUGCCAGCAUCUCUGCCUCUGUUUCCAACAUGGAACCUGCAACCCUCUCACUGGCGCAUGUCAAUGUAAGCAUGGAUGGUGGGCACCCUAUUGCAACAAACCGUGCCAUUGUAACCUACAGACUUCACGCUGUAGCCAAGCUACUGGCCAGUGCAUCUGUGAUACAGGGUGGUGGGGUCUGAAAUGCAGUGUGAAAUGUAACUGUAACAACUCACCCUGCCUUCAGACCAAUGGCAAAUGCAAAUGUCAAGAAGGCUGGUGGGGGGUUUCCUGUGAGCACCAGUGUGAUUGCCUCCAUGGCAACUGUAACCCCCUAAAUGGAAAAUGUGACUGUAAUGUAGGAUAUCAAGGACCAAGCUGUGCCGAUCCCUGCAAUCCUGGGACAUAUGGAACCAACUGCAAAAACAGAUGCGGACGCUGCAAGCAGGGACAGAGUUGCUCCCCGGUGGAUGGUCUUUGUCUGUCCUGUGACCCAGGCUGGAAUGGGAUCCGUUGUGACCAGCCAUGCCCACCAGGAUAUCAUGGAGAAAACUGUGGGCAAAGAUGCCCAAAAUGCCGUGGAACUGAGGAAUGUAACAGGGAGACUGGGACCUGCGCACAUUGUGAUGCUGGAACACUGGGACCUAGAUGUGAUUCGAAAUGCCCAUCUGGAAGCUAUGGAGAAAGAUGCCAAUAUCUAUGUCCUGUCUGCAUUCAUGGAACCUGUGACGCCAAAACUGGGGAGUGUAUUUGUGACACUGGAUAUUGGAAACACAGUUGCAAUGAGACAUGCCCUCAUGGCUAUUUUGGAUCAAACUGCUCAAGCAGCUGCGAUUGUGGUGGGGGUCCCUGCAGCCCAAGAUACGGAACAUGUCAAUGGACAUCCAGUCAAAAAGGAGCUGUGAUUGCUGGAGUCCUUGUGCCUGUGUUAUGCCUCCUUUUCAUUUUGUGCUGUUGCUGCAGUUGUGGAACUGACCAGUCUGAUUCAAAAGAAAGGGUAUCCCAAGAAGGAGGGCCGCUUUCUAGAAUGAAGCACAAUUUUCAAGGGACCUUGGCUAACAUAAGUUCACUGUUACCCUGUUGUUCUGUUGGGAAUUCAAAACUCUCCUGGGUAACUGUCUCUCACCACGAUGCAGAGCUUCCUUUUAAUCAUAGUUUCAUUGAGUCUCCUUCCACUGGCUGGUUGUCUGAGAACUCUUUUUCUUCAUUUGAAUCAGAUGAAGGUGGUCCAGUCUACUGUGUUCCUCCAAGAGAAGGAAUGUCCAUAGCUGAUCUGAAUGGAUUUCAGGAGAUAAGUUCCAAAUGUAAUGUCUUUCCAGAUUCUUUGGCUUUUAAUGCAGACGAUGUCUCCCAGCCAUUUUCUAUCCCCAGGACAUCUAGCAAUGCCAAAGCUAAACGACCGUCUGUGUCAUUUGCUGAGGGAACUAAAUUUGGGAGUAGAAGGUCAUCAGCUACUGAGACCCCAAAUCUUGCACGGAAACCAAAACUUGCUUUAAGUCUUCCAAAAUUGCCUUCUAUUCACUCACAGCCCAUCAAUGGAGAUGGUCUCGCUCACAGUGAGCAAGCCAAUGAUUUCUAUGAAAAGGUUUGUAUUAACCAGGAGCCAGAAGAUCAUCCAAAACUGCAUAGAAAUGUGCCCGUCGGCCGCAGGAGGGCUAUGUCUAAUGCUCAGAAGGUAGCACUGAAAUCAGAAGCAGUAGAAUCUAGUGUAAUAGAAAAUGUUUAUGAUACAAAACGUAAAAGCACUGGUGUUACUACUGUUUAUGUGAGUGUUGGACUUCCAAAAAAGAUUUACAAACCUCGGAGAAGAUCAGAAGGUAAUAUUGAUGGUGCUGUGCAGGCUGUAUUAAAACGUUUGGGCAGCUUUCAGAAAGGUAUUCCGAAACCUGCUAGAAAAAAUGUACAGACAUCCAAUACUAAAAUUCCGCCACCGAAGAUAUCUGAGGAAGAAGCCUUUACAGUAGGCAACAAUAACUCUCCGUGUGCUAAAUUUCACGACAAUCAAGCAAGGAAAAUGCUUAUGCCAACAUCUUCCGUUCUUAAGAAAAUACUGUCCGGAGUUGAGGAGGGGACAGAAUGUGUGCACAGUUCUGAUAAGCUUGAAAAUAUGUAUUCCAGUUUGGCUGAACCAGUUGCACUACUGGAACAAGCGGAAUUCGCAGAGCAUAUUUAUCAUACUACAGAGAAUACAGACUCGGAACCAAAGUAUGAGAAUAUAUGUUACAAAUUGCAAUAAGACUAAUGAUUUAGAGGCAUCUAGUCUAUAUGAAGAUGCAUAGAGCAUCAGUCAACUAGAUAUAGUUUAGACCAGUGAUCCCCAAACAGUAGCUUGUGAGCAACAUGUUGCUCGCCAACCCCUUGGAUGUUGCUCCAAGUGGACUCAAAGCAGGUGCUUA